CGCCGCCAAAGGACUGACGCACACACACGAACUUGUCUUCUCCAACUUCAACGCCAGUGACAGGGAAGAUCACAGGGACACAGAUCACAGGGAAAGUCACAGGAACACGCUAGUUCAGCCCAAUUUCUCCCAUCCUAUAUUUUGCCAGACUUGACUCAUCUUUCGUUGCCUCAAACAUUCGACUCUACAACAGACGUCGCUUGUCAGGCACCACCACAACAGCACACACUGCUGCUUUCCAUCCCCUCCUCGACCCCAAUUGACUUCAAUCACAAUCGCAAUGCUGUCUCGUUGCUUGCGCCAGCAGCAGUCUGCUGCCUGGUCUAAGACCAUUGCUUCUACGCGAACCAAUGGCCGCCUCUUUUCUACCUCCGUCGCCCGCCGUGCCGAUGAACAGCUCAACAAAGUCUCCUCCAAGAUCACACAACCCAAGUCCCAGGGUGCCUCACAGGCCAUGCUUUACGCCACGGGUCUGACCGAGCAGGACAUGAACAAGGCCCAAGUCGGUAUCUCGUCUGUCUGGUUUGAAGGCAACCCUUGCAACAUGCAUUUGCUUGACCUCUCAAAGAUUGUGCGCGACUCUGUUAACAAGGCCGGACUUGUCCCCUAUCGCUUUAACACUAUUGGUGUCUCAGACGGUAUCUCCAUGGGUACUUCGGGCAUGCGCUACUCUCUGCAAAGUCGUGAAGUCAUCGCCGACUCGAUCGAGACCGUUAUGAAUGGCCAGUGGUACGAUGCCAACAUCAGCUUGCCCGGCUGCGACAAGAACAUGCCUGGUGUUGCCAUUGCUAUGGGCCGUGUCAACCGCCCUAGCAUCAUGGUCUACGGUGGCAGCAUCAAGCCCGGCUGUACCAAGACCGGCGAGGUCAUUGACAUUGUCUCUGCUUUCCAGUCUUACGGCCAGUACAUUGCUGGUGACAUUACUGAGGAGCAGCGCUUCGAUAUUAUCCGCCACGCUUGCCCUGGCAAGGGUGCCUGUGGUGGCAUGUACACUGCCAACACCAUGGCCACUGCUAUUGAGACCAUGGGUCUUACUCUUCCUGGCAGCUCCAGCAACCUUGCAGACAGCCCGGAGAAGGUUGCUGAAUGCGAGAGCGUUGGCAGUGCCAUUAGAAACCUGCUCAAGGAGGAUAUCCGCCCUCGUGACAUUCUUACACGCCAGGCUUUUGAGAAUGCCAUGAUUGUCACCACCAUCCUCGGCGGCAGCACCAACGCCGUCCUCCAUCUCCUCGCCAUUGCCGAUGCUGUCGGUGUCAAGCUUACCAUCGAAGAUUUCCAGGCCGUCUCCGACCGCGUCCCCUUCCUUGCCGACCUUAAGCCCUCGGGCAAGUACGUCAUGGCCGAUGUCCACGCUCUCGGUGGCACACCUGCCCUGCUCAAGUACCUCAUCAAGGAGGGUUUCAUUGACGGCUCGGGUAUCACCGUCACCGGUAAGACUAUGAAGCAGAACGUUGAGACCGCCAGAGACUUCCCCGCCGACCAAGACGUCAUCCGCCCCGUCAGCAACCCCAUCAAGCCCACCGGCCACAUCCAGAUCCUUCGCGGCUCCCUCGCCCCCGGUGGCUCCGUUGGUAAGAUCACCGGCAAGGAGGGCCUCAGCUUCACUGGCAAGGCCCGCGUCUACGACUGUGAGGACGACUUCAUCAACAGCCUUGAGCGCAACGAGAUCAAGAAGGGCGAGAAGACCGUCGUCAUCAUCCGCUACGAAGGACCCAAGGGUGGCCCCGGCAUGCCUGAAAUGCUCAAGCCCUCCUCUGCAAUCAUGGGUGCUGGUCUUGGCAACGACGUUGCUCUGCUCACUGACGGCCGUUUCUCUGGUGGUUCCCACGGUUUCCUCAUUGGCCACAUCGUCCCCGAAGCCAUGGAGGGUGGCCCCAUUGCCCUUGUUGAGGACGGCGAUGCCAUUGUUAUCGACACCGAGGCCCGCGUGAUUGAUUUGCAAGUCUCUGAUGAGGUCUUGGCUAAGCGCAAGGCCGCCUGGAAGGCCCCUCCUCUGCGUUACGCUAAGGGUACUCUUAAGAAGUACGCCCGCCUCGUCAGCGAUGCCAGCCACGGCUGUGUCACUGAUGGCAUCAGAGAAUAAGCAGAAUAAGCAUAAACACAUACAAAAAAAGAAUAAAAUUGAGGAAGGCACAGGAGGAUGGAUCCAGAAGAACGCUCAGCUUUCAGCUAAACGGAAUGGAGGUUGUAUAUACCACGUAGUCGGGGACGAAAAAGGUCAAGGCGAAAUGUUUGGUUAUCAGCUCACAAGACAGCAGAUUGAAAUGGUGUCAUACUAAUAUAAAUAUACAAUUUGUUUCAAAACAAAAGUUCUCUAAUGUCGAUAGCAGUAGCAAGGGUAUUUCGCAAUCGCACACGCGCAUUACACUCUCCGCCCCUAACCUUCCCAUAUUACAGUACUGGUCAUUCUGUCACUAUUUUCCAUUGGAUCCCAGUUCCCCAAUGCGCCAUCCCUCCCUAUAAUGCAAAGAAAACAAGCAAGGAAAGCAAUAGAGUCUGCUAUUACGCCUUCUUGCUGUUGAUGGCUUGGACAAACGCAGCCUUGUCCUGGAGGGUCAAGCCCACGCGCUUGACUCUUCCAAGACGAGCCAAUGCCUCUGCUAUACGGUCGAGAACCUUUUGCUCCUCGCUUGUCAUGCCGCCAGCUCUGUUUCGCAAGCCACUAGAUCCGUUCUCCGAUAUACUGGGAGCGUUGGCUUUUGCGGCGGCUGUAUUGGUCGUGGCCUCGGCGAUACGGACUCGAACAAGGCUGGUCGGGCGCGAAAGCAGGUUCCAGAGAAACGAGACCCAUCUGCCAGGGACAGGUGUUGUAACAUCGCCGGGUGUGUAACGCAAGCUAACGGGGAAGAUAGGCGUAUCGGCCGGAGUGUCAAGCAGGCUAAGGCUGAAAGGCAAGAUACCCUUACCGUUAGUCGUGCUUCCUUCGGGGAAGAUGGCAAUAGGGCGGUCAGGAUACUCGUGGAGCAGGUCAGAUAUAUGUACAAGCUGCGAUUCGUCAGGCGCGGAGGUGUAAACAGGCGAAAGAGCCAUGACAACAGCCUGGAGGAGGCCGAUGCGCUGGACCUUUCUUGUUCCGGGAUACGAGAUGGUAAAGAUCGGGUCGAAGACAGCAGCGAGGUACACGGCGUCGAUAGGGCUCGUAAAGUUUGCGGCAAUGACUGUGCCUCCGUGUGGGAAUCGUUGGGGCGGCUGAUCGGCCAGUGUGCCUCGCUUGACACCGUCGAGCUGCAAGUCCACCCACCAGAUGCCGGGGAUGGCCAUCAUGGCCCACAGUGCAAUCUUUCGCGCGGCAACGGGGAGUGGGAGGUAUUGGAAGAUGAGGAAGUAGCUGAGAGCGAGAGUGAAGAAGAAUGGUAGUCGGAAGAGGAAGAUGACGCAGUGAGUGAUGGCGGUGAUGGCGGACAGAGGAGUCGUGACUGGGAGGAAAGGAGAGAUGCCGGUGGCUGCGAGAAAAAGAAGCGACUUUAGCGACUAGUCCGGCUCGUUACGGGGUGUAAUUGUGAUUACCUCUAUCACGGUACUGGCUGUACUUUUCCAUUGUGGGCAGUUGGCCAGUGGGAAGCUUUGCUGCUUGCUAUUUUCUUGGUGUUUGGUGGGAAGAGCCCGGACGAAGCUGGAGUGUCGUCGAUGCUGGCUGCGCUGAUGGCGACUUUGCUGACGAGAGGGGGGGAAUAUUGUGGUGCUGAAUGGCGAUGGCCAAAAUGAAGAGAGUCGAUGGACGCCGCGAGUGCGGUUCAAAUCGGGGAGCUGCCUCGA